AUGAUUUUAGCCGACUCAAUACUUUUCUCAACUUUAUGCGCUUUCGCUGUCUCGACACCUUUGUCGAAAAGAGACUCCUGUACAUUAACGGGUUCUUCUUUGUCCUCGCUGUCAACUGUAAAAAAAUGUAGCAGUAUCAUCAUUAAGGAUUUGACUGUUCCAGCUGGGGAAACAUUAGAUUUAACCGGUUUGAUAAGUGGCACUACUGUUACGUUUGAAGGCACAACUACAUUUGGAUACGAAGAAUGGGCUGGUCCAUUGAUUUCGAUCUCAGGGUCCAAAAUUAGCGUUGUUGGUGCUUCCGGACAUGUUAUCGAUGGCCAAGGUGCAAAAUGGUGGGAUGGUAAAGGCGAUAGCGGUAAAGUGAAGCCAAAAUUUGUGAAAUUAGGCUUGACCGGAACCUCGAAAGUUACUGGCUUGAAUAUCAAGAACGCUCCACACCAAGUUUUCAGUGUCAAUUCAUGUUCUGAUUUAACAAUCAGUAGUGUAACUGUUGACAUCAGAGAUGGUGAUUCUGCAGGUGGCCAUAACACAGAUGCGUUUGACGUGGGUAGCUCUACUAAUGUUUUAAUUCAGGGAUGUACCGUCUAUAACCAAGACGACUGUAUUGCCGUAAAUUCCGGUACAACCAUCAAAUUCCUCAACAAUAAUUGCUACAAUGGCCAUGGUAUUUCUAUAGGUUCUGUUGGUGGCCGUUCAGAUAAUGUCGUCAAUGGAUUUUGGGCAGAAAACAAUAAUGUUAUUGACUCUGAUAAUGGGUUGAGAAUUAAAACUGUUGAAGGUGCAACAGGCUCAGUUAAAAACGUCAACUUUAUUAGUAACAAAAUUAGCGGCAUAAAGGAUUACGGUAUUGUUAUUGAAGGUGAUUACCUGAAUGGCAAGACAACCGGAACGGUCACUGGUGGAGUUCCUAUUUCUGGUUUGGUGAUGAAGGACAAUACAGGGAGUGUAGCCAGCUCAGCCAAACGUGUUAAGAUUUUGGUUGAGAAUGCUUCCGAUUGGGAGUGGUCUGGGAAUUCAAUCACCGGUGGUUCCUCCUUUUCUGGCUGUUCUGGGAUCCCAUCUGGCUCAGGUGCAUCAUGUUAG